ACUGCGCUCCAACUGUGAUAUACAGUACAAGUACCAAGCUCACGGCAAUUAUUGCCCAAGUAUUGCCAGGGAGAGAAGUGCGUGCGUUUGAAUUUCUGCAGAUUCGAAAGUGAUUUUUUAUCUUUCAGUUUUAUUUCGUGUAUCAAUAAUAUGAUGGAGGCGAAAAAACAAUAUGAAAAUCAGCAACUGCAGAAAAGUACCGAAUCGCUCGCAGCGACAGGCAAUGAAUCUGCAAGCUUCGAACAAGCCAUGCUUCAUAUAGGAUAUGGUCGUUAUCAUAUAAUGUUAUUCAUUGCCUCCGCAGUUAGUGUGUUUGCUAUUGGUUUUCAAAAUGGAUUAAGCGCAUAUAUAUUACCUUCUGCAGAAUGUGAAUUCAAAUUAACAACGGCUGAACUAGGCAUUCUUAAUUCGGCAUUUGUCAUAGGAGGUACAACAAGCGCAAUGUUAUGGGGUAUUAUAGCAGACGCUAUUGGUAGAAAAAAAAUUAUUGUAUGGUGUCUGAUGAUCGAUGGUAUAUUCACAUUGAUGUCAUCUCUCUCACAAAAUUUUACAAUAUUCUGUUUUUUUCGAUUCUUUAGCGGAUUCAUAAUCGGUGGACCCGCAUCGAUAAUAGCUUCAUUUCUGGGCGAAUUUCAUUCGGUGAAAAAUAGAGCCGCAGUUAUUUGUGCUUUGGGAAUAUUCUGGACGGUCUCGUGGUUGAUAUUACCUGUUCUUGCGUGGAUCGUCAUUCCCCAAGAUAUGAAUUUCCUUUUAUACGGAUUCAGGUUUAACUCAUGGCGGUUUUUCGUUGGUAUAUUUGGGAUACCUAGCCUGGUAUCAGCGUUUUUAUUAUCGAAAUAUCCGGAGUCACCAAAGUUCCUGCUCUCUACCGGGAAUCACAAAAAAGCAUUGCAAAUUAUGAGGCGGAUGUUUUCGACAAACAAGGCGAAACCACCACACGAAUAUCCAGUGACGUCACUAAUCGAGGAUGGAUUCGUACCCUGCAGAAAGGAAAACAAUUCUGUACAGGCAACGUUUAUCAUAAUGUGGAAACAACUGUGCUGCCUAUUUUCUCCUCCACUUUUGAAGUACACUAUGUUAUGCGCCGUAAUUACGUUUGCUAACAUGUUCGGAUAUUACGGUCUGGGUUUAUGGCUUCCAGAGUUGUUCAAUCAAUUCGAAGCAUUUUAUAAAUCUCAUCCUAAUCAGACCAUCACGGUGUGCGAACUCAUGUACCUAAAGGAAAAUAAUUCAGAUCUCAUGAACGUUGAAAACGUCAAACAGAUCAGAGAUGUGGUAACUAACAUUAGCACCCAGAUUGUGUCAAUUGCAACAAAUAUCACUGCGGCUUCAGAUCUUUCCGUCGGUAGUGCGAUGGAAUCAUGCGAUAAUGCGAUGGAUCCUAAAGUAUUCAUGAUCUCAACAAUAAUAGGAAGCUGUGGUUUGCUGGGAAACAUCGGAUCGACGUACUUGGCGAACUGUUUGGACCACAGAGUUCUACCAGUUGCCACUAUGGUAAUUCCUGGGAUAUGCGGAUUCUUGAUUUACUUUGUGCAAUCAUCAAUGCAGAAUCUGAUUGUUGCUUGCGUUUUUUCAUCGGCAAUAUCAACGGCGUCGACCGUUCUCGGCAGCGUAAUGGUAAAUGUGUUCCCUACAAAUGUAAACACGAUGGCAAUGUGUUCUUCAUUGCUCGCCGGUAGAAUGGGUGCGAUUGUGAGUAAUGUUUUGUUUGGAAUGUUACUUGAAGUUAAUUGCGAAGUUCCUAUUUUCCUAGUUGGGAGCCUCGUUGUACUUGGUGGAAUUCUAGGAAUCCUACUGCCGAAAAGUGUUAUACAAAUGCCCGAAAGGGCUGGAGAAAACCCAUCACCUGAAUCAAGCGAAAAUUUUUCCACGGUUGAAAAUAAAGACAAAUUAAUCUUGGCGAGCUGAUCUCAUGUGGCUUAUAUUUGAUUAAUUAUAAACAUUUACAAUAACAAAUAUUUUUCAUUGCA